UAAGCUGCUGUCGAAGGUAAGCACCAUCACCUGCCAUAAACGGGGACAAAGAGAUGGGAAGGAGAGAGAAGUGUUUAUGUUUCUCAUCUCAGUGUUUGGUUAGAAACAACAGCUGCGAUUAAAAGAGUAAAAACAUGAAGCUCUUGCUAUCGCGUCGGUGUCCACGUUCUUCUUCAAGAAUUAAGAGUGGACGAAAUUGGGUGUGCAAGAGAAGUCCCAGAAAUAUUGUCCGCAAAAAGCCCAAACGAUUUCUGAACAGAAGGCAAUCGCAGAAUAAGAGAGUAGGGAUUAGGAAAAUAAAGGAAUGCAUAGCACGGCUAAAGUCAGAGAUGCUGGAGAUCAACGUGGAUCAAAAGAGCAUUGCAGAGGGACAGAAACAGGUGCGGAAAAAGUACGAGGAGAUUCAAAGAGAACGGGAGCAACUGUGGAAGGAAACAGAGCUCAUUUCGCAACAGAGUCAUGGUAUUAGAGUUCGUUUAAAUUUAAUUUUCGAAAUCAUGAGAGCAAGGGUUGAGAGCGAUUCUGCCAAAGUUGCUCAACUUACUCUCCGUCUCAGGAACUUGAUAGCAAAGCCAAAGGAACAAAAGGAAGUGUUGAUGCCGGAUGGAAAUAAUAUUUAGGCCUAUGGCCAUGAAAAUGUUUCCAAUUUAUGUGGUUUGUUGUGAUAUGUGUACUAAAGAGGAAAGGCUAGACUAUUAGGUCUACUAAACCCCAGUGAACAUGUUUGACCAUGCGUUGUCAAGACAAUAUUUGGACAUAUCUCGUUCAAAUAUUGUUCUAUCUCAACGGCUAUGUAGACACGUGUCGUCGGGUGUCAGUCUAGUUGAUUCUCAUUUGUGCAUUUCUACCAAAUGAUCAAGGGUUUGAAUCUUAUGGGUAGCAUUUGUGUGUGCAUUUAUGUGAGUGUGUGUGGGCUGCAUAUGUGAGAGUUGAUGGGAUAUAUAGAUAGUUCAUGUGAGUGUUUUUAGUAUCAGAUAAAAAAAAAAUGGCUAUGUAGACAGCGUUUUAAUAGUGUCAGAACCUGUACUAGUCUUGUCGUUCUUAUAUCGUUGGUUGAAGUCUAUAUAUAUC